AUGAAGUAUCUUCUAUUUUUUGUGAUUUUCUUCAGUUCUGAAGCAAAUAAACUGUUUGGACAUUCUAAACAUAAUCAAUUGCAUCAUCUUCAUCAACAAAAUUGCGAUAAAGAGGAUUGUCCAGAGCCUCCAAUAUGCGGGGCUUGCCAUAGUCUUCAAACGCCCAAAGGAGAAUGCUGUCCCAAGUGUAAACCAAUAGAGUGUCCCAAUAUCGAUUGUCAACAUUGUGAAACUACUUUUAUACCAUCAGGAGAGUGCUGCCCAGUUUGCGAACACGUUUCGUGUCCUAAUAUACACUGUACCAGCUGUGAAGUUGCUCAAACACCUCCAGGAGAGUGCUGCCCAGUUUGCGAACACGUUUCGUGUCCUAAUAUACACUGUACCAGCUGUGAAGUUGCUCAAACACCUCCAGGAGAGUGCUGCCCAGUUUGCGAACACGUUUCGUGUCCUAAUAUACACUGUACCAGCUGUGAAGUUGCUCAAACACCUCCAGGAGAGUGCUGCCCAGUUUGCGAACACGUUUCGUGUCCUAAUAUACACUGUACCAACUGUGAAGUUACUAUUAUACCACAAGGUGAGUGCUGUCCAGUUUGCGAACGCGUCUCGUGUCCUAAUAUACACUGUGCCAUUUGUGAAGUUGCUCAAACACCUCAAGGAAAAUGCUGCCCAGUUUGUGAACACGUGUUUUGUCCUAACAACCAUUGUACAAACUGCGAGAUUGCUGAAACACCCCCAGAAGAGUGUUGUCCAGUUUGUCAAUCAGUAUCUUGUGACAAUAUUGAAUGUACUGAAUUUGAAGUUGCUGUAUUACCUCGUGGAGAAUGCUGUCAACAAUGCCAAUCAGUACUACUCUCUGAUAUUAAUCCUGAAGUUUCUGCAAUACCUACUAAUGUUUACAGCCCAAUUGAACAUUCAUUAUCGUGUCCUGACAUCAUUUGUACAGAUUGUGAAACUGCUGUAAUACCAACAGAUGGUGUCUGUCCGAUUUGCGAACCGAUAUCAUGUCCUGAAAUACAUUGUUUGAAUUGCGAAGCUGCUACAACACCAAUAGACGGUUGCUGUCCUAUUUGCAAGCCAGUAUCGUGUGAAUCUGCUACAACAUCUACUGAUGAUUGCAGCCCUAGUUCUAGAUCAGUGUUUUGUCCUGAAAUAGAAUGUAAUGCAAGCGAAACGGCAGUUUCACUUCCUGGAAUCUACUGUCCUAUCUGCAUACCUAAAUCAUGUCCUGAACUUUCUUGUGACAUUUGUGAAAAAGCAGUCAAUUAUCCUUAUAAAGAUUGUCCUGUUUGUGAACGGAUAGUUUGUCCAAAUUUGCUAUGUGAUAGUUGUUCAACUGCUGUACAACUCCCUGGUGACUGUUGUCCUACUUGUAAGCCGAAACUGUGUCCUAAUACUCAAUGCACGAUUUGUGAGGUUGCUGCAACCGUUCCUGGUGAAUGCUGUCCGAGCUGCUCACCAAUGUCCUGUCCUUAUCUUGAAUGUAGGUCAGACGAAACUGAAUUUUUUCUUCCUGGUAUAUGCUGUCCUAUAUGCAUACCUAAAUCAUGUCCUGAACUUUCUUGUGACAUUUGUGAAAAAGCAGUCAAUUAUCCUUAUAAAGAUUGUCCUGUUUGUGAACGGAUAGUUUGUCCAAAUUUGCUAUGUGAUAGUUGUUCAACUGCUGUUCAACUGCCAGGUGACUGUUGUCCUACUUGUCAACCAAAAUUGUGUCCUAAUAGUCAAUGCUCGAUUUGUGAGGUUGCUGUAACCGUUGCUGGUGAAUGUUGUCCGAACUGUUCGCCAAUUUCCUGCCCUUUUCUGGAUUGUAACUCACAUGAAACUGAGUUUCUUCUUCCUGGCAUUUGCUGUCCUAUAUGCAUACCUAAAUCAUGCCCAGCACUUUCAUGUGAUGUUUGUGAAAAAGCAAUCACUUAUCCUUAUGAAGAUUGUCCUGUUUGUGAACGAAUAGUAUGUCCAAAAUUGCAAUGUGACAGUUUUUCAACGGCCGUUCAACUCCCUGGUGACUGUUGUCCUACUUGUCAAUCGAAAUUGUGUCCUAAUAGUCAGUCUGUUUCAAUUGAAGAUGCUAUAACACCCUUUGGUGACAAUUUCUCACCAAUAUUUUAG